GGAUUAUAGUAAAUCCAAUUAGCCAGUUGUGCAGCAGAGUUUGUCCAGUAGCAGUGUAUACGACCAGCGUUGUAUCACUUUUUAGUGAAAUUUUUGCCAGCGUAAAUCGUACAAACCCCCACAGAUAACCGAAAAUGUGUGACGAUGAUGUUGCCGCGCUGGUCGUAGACAAUGGAUCCGGUAUGUGCAAGGCCGGAUUCGCCGGUGAUGAUGCGCCGCGUGCCGUCUUCCCGUCGAUUGUUGGCCGUCCCCGGCAUCAGGGUGUGAUGGUCGGCAUGGGACAGAAGGAUUCGUACGUCGGUGAUGAGGCCCAGAGCAAGCGUGGUAUCCUGACGCUGAAGUACCCGAUCGAGCAUGGUAUCAUCACGAACUGGGACGAUAUGGAGAAGAUCUGGCACCACACGUUCUACAAUGAGCUGCGUGUUGCUCCGGAAGAGCACCCAGUUCUGCUGACGGAAGCUCCCCUGAACCCGAAGGCUAACCGUGAGAAGAUGACCCAGAUCAUGUUCGAAACGUUCAACUCGCCCGCUAUGUAUGUGGCCAUUCAGGCUGUGCUGUCGCUGUACGCCUCUGGUCGUACCACCGGUAUUGUGUUGGACUCUGGCGAUGGUGUUUCCCACACCGUCCCAAUCUACGAAGGUUAUGCUCUGCCGCACGCCAUCCUGCGUCUGGAUCUGGCUGGUCGCGAUUUGACUGACUAUCUGAUGAAGAUCCUGACCGAGCGUGGCUACUCGUUCACCACCACCGCUGAGCGGGAAAUUGUGCGUGACAUCAAGGAGAAGCUGUGCUACGUUGCGCUGGACUUUGAGCAGGAGAUGGCAACUGCUGCGGCAUCUACCGCACUGGAGAAGUCGUACGAAUUGCCGGACGGACAGGUCAUCACCAUCGGUAACGAGCGUUUCCGCUGUCCCGAGUCGCUGUUCCAGCCUUCCUUCCUGGGUAUGGAAUCGUGCGGUAUCCACGAGACCGUGUACAACUCGAUCAUGAAGUGCGAUGUGGAUAUUCGUAAGGAUCUGUACGCCAACAUCGUAAUGUCUGGCGGUACCACCAUGUAUCCGGGUAUUGCCGAUCGUAUGCAGAAGGAAAUCACUGCCCUGGCACCAUCCACCAUCAAGAUUAAGAUCAUUGCCCCACCGGAGCGCAAGUACUCCGUCUGGAUUGGUGGUUCCAUCUUGGCUUCGCUUUCCACCUUCCAGCAGAUGUGGAUCUCCAAGCAGGAAUACGACGAAUCUGGCCCAGGAAUUGUCCACCGCAAGUGCUUCUAAGUUACGGGAUACGAUUGGGUGUCUCGCUGUCAGAGAGUAGAUGAUCAGUUGGAGACAUACCUAAACACACAGCGCUACACCAAAUACCAUCCAGGCUAUCUGCCGUACGACCGAACGAUGGAUAGACCGGUUCAGCUUUAAUGGCAGGGUUCGUUUACUACCCUACCCAUCUUCAACCCUGUGCCACUCAUGACCACCUUCCUGAAUCUCACCUGAAUUCGGACGUCCCUCUUUGUUACCCUUUAUCCCGCGAUCCACGACCCCGGAACAACCCAUGGAUGGUCACAUUGUAUUUCGUUACCCUUAAAUUCGGUUAAGCAUUAUUUGUUUCCUGUUUCGAGGGGUUCUUUUUUGUUUCAUACGGAACGUACUGACGUAUCAUGGAACAGUACGAAGACUGCCGCUUUUACGUGAAAUCAUCGAUAUCGUGAGCGUGAAUUUUGCCGAGAUACGGUAUUAUUUGUUCAUUUAACUCGCCUGUUAAUUAUUAGUAAUCGCGUGCUCGAGAGCAAAAAAAGAAGAAGAUAAAUUAUACUGUUAUUUUAACUUAUUACAUUUACGACGGAAGCAAAGCUAUACAAAUAAAUUAUUAAGCAAAUGUUGAAGGAGUUGGAGAACGUAA